GCCGGUAAAGUAGGACACUUGUCUGUCAGUGUCAAGUUGACAUAUGUUGGUUCAAAACUGUGCUUUUUGUGAAUAAAUAUCAAAAUAAAAAUAAAUAGGACACAAGUGGUGUUUAAUUCACGUGUAGGAAUGUUUCUGGGGGUGUUUUAGCUUCAAAUCGAGAAUGUUGAAAUUUGGGUGAGAAAUGUCGAAUCAGGGCAUCCCCGAGGGGGUCAACCCCGAGAACAACCACAUCGGAGGCGGGCCCCUCAUCAACACGAAUAGAAUUAGGAAUAACAACAAUCAGAAUCCGUUAUUUAACGUUAGAGACCGUUUAUUUCACACUUUAUUCUUUAAAGUAGCCUUAGUUUAUGCUAGGAGUUUUCCAAAGCCAGUGCGACGUUUCUUCGAAUUUAUUAUUUUAAUCAAGGCGAUAGCCGCGUUUUUUGUACUAGUGUAUAUACACAUUGCUUUUUCUAAGACUCCUACGACUUGUUUGCAACACGUGAAAGACACGUGGCCCCGUGACGGGAUUCUACGGGUGGAAAUUGUGCGAAAUGUGGGACAAGACUACAACAUUGAGCAGAGUUACGCCAGAGAGGAGAAACUAAAACAGGAGAAAGUCGACGAUAUUUCAAAUGUUUUGGGGCUUUUAGCCAGGGAUGGAUUUGUUAAUAUUGAGCCCUCGGCGGUGGAGGAGACCGAACCGUUGACACAAAAUUAUAUAAACGAGAGCAGGAACGACUCAAUUCUAUUAAAUGUCUCACAGAUUUCUUCAACGAUUUGGGACGGGUUUCAGCGCUUGACUGAAAUACCCUCGUUGCCACAACAAACUCAAGAAUUGACUGAAACUGAAAAUGUUAAGAAUAAAGAGUCUCAAGUGAAAACUUCAGACUGGUCUGGUGAUGAAUAUAUUGUCGAGUAUUCUCUUGAGUAUGGUUUUUUGCGUUUGUCACCAAUGACAAGAGCAAGACUGAAAAUUCCGGUUCAAAUUGUGACACUUGAUCCGGGGAAAGAUGAGUGUUUUGGGGAUGCGUUUAGUCGUUUAGUUUUAGAUGAGUUUUUGGGUUACGAUGAUUUGCUUAUGGCUUCGAUUAAAACAUUGGCAGAACAAGAGGACAAUAAAGGAUAUCUUAGAAAUGUUGUAACUGGGGAACAUUAUCGUUUUGUUAGUAUGUGGAUGGCGAGGACUUCGUAUUUUGCUGCUUUUUUCAUAAUGAUUGUUUUUACGGUGUCCGUGUCCAUGCUGCUGCGCUAUUCGCAUCACCAGAUAUUCGUGUUCAUCGUUGAUUUGUUGCAAAUGUUGGAGUUCAACGUGACUGUAAGUUUUCCUGCGGCUCCUCUACUGACCGUCAUCCUGGCUUUAGUUGGAAUGGAGGCGAUAAUGUCUGAAUUUUUCAACGAUACAACGACGGCAUUUUACAUAAUUUUGAUCGUAUGGAUGGCUGACCAAUACGACGCCAUCUGUUGUCAUACAGCUAUAACGAAACGUCAUUGGUUGAGGUUCUUUUAUUUGUACCAUUUUUCCUUCUACGCCUACCACUAUCGAUUCAAUGGACAGUAUAGCAGUCUUGCAUUGGUCACUUCCUGGCUUUUUAUUCAGCACUCAAUGUUGUACUUUUUCCACCAUUACGAGCUGCCUGUGAUCCUCCAACAAGCCCACUUCCAGCAGUUUAUCAUUCGGAAUAGCCAACAGCAGGGGGCGCAGCGCGAGCCCUUGGCGGCGACAGCCCCCCAAAACACCAUCACAGUCCGCCUGACUGAGCUGUUCUCCGCCGUGCGGCCGUCGGCGACGACUCAGACGUCGACGAGUCAGGUGACGACGUCGACGACGACCACCUCGACGGUGGGGACGUCGGCGCAGCCCCACACCUCGAGUCAGACGAGUCAGACGACGCCAGCGGCGCCAACCGCCGUCGUGGGGAUACAGACCAGCGAGGUGCACAGGGCCCCCACUGGGGGGCCCGACCACCACUAAGAUGCGGUUGCUUCAAGUGUAUAUAAAUAUUUUUUGCGUCGGUGGAUGUAGGAUGUGUACUUGAUUUAAAUUAAUAAAAGUUUCGAGGCU